GUUAGCUUAUCAAUUCUCGCUGCGCUGGUUGUUGUCUUUCACGGUACACAGAUCGAGUGUUCUCUACUUUCGAGUUUUCUAUCUUCGAACGACGUUUUCCGCAGGAUUACGUCGUUGUUUGUGUUAAUUAUCUUUUAUAAUGGGUUUCGUUAAAGUCGUCAAGUGCAAACAAUACUUCAAGCGUUACCAAGUGAAAUUCAAGAGGCGUCGUGAAGGAAAAACCGACUACUAUGCCCGCAAACGCCUGAUCGUACAAGACAAGAACAAGUAUGACACACCUAAGUACCGUAUGAUCGUUCGUUUCUCCAACACGGACAUUACAUGCCAGGUCGCACACUCUCGCAUUGAAGGAGACAAAAUCGUAUGUGCCGCUUACAGCCAUGAAUUGCCCAGAUACGGUGUCAAAGUCGGUUUGACCAACUACGCCGCUGCAUACUGCACCGGACUUUUGGUUGCUCGUCGGUUGUUAAAAAAACUUGGUUUGGAUCGUCUGUACGAGGGAUUGAAAGAAGCCAAUGGCGAAGAAUAUUACGUAGAGCCUGCUGACGAAGGCCCAAACGCUUUCCGUUGCAACUUAGAUGUUGGUUUAAUGAAAACCAGUACUGGAGCUCGUGUAUUCGGUGCAAUGAAAGGUGCUGUUGAUGGUGGUUUCAACAUUCCCCACAGUGUCAAGCGAUUCCCUGGUUAUGAUGCUGAAUCCAAGGAAUACAGUCCAGAAACCCACCGCAAACACAUCUUAGGCUUACACGUUGCUGAGUACAUGCGCAAAUUAGAAGAAGAGGACGAAGACGCGUUCAACCGUCAAUUCUCUAGAUUUAUAAAAUUAGGAAUUGUCGCUGACGAUUUGGAAAAUAUGUAUAAGAAAGCUCAUGAAAACAUCAGAGCCAACCCGAAACGCGAGAGGAAACCAAAGAAGGAUGCUUCUAAGGAGUCUAAGGCGAAGCGCUGGAAUGCUAAGAAAUUGACAAAUGCCGAACGCAAACAACGGGUUGCCGAAGCCAAAGCUGCUUACCUCAAAGAGCUGCAGGGCCAGGAGAUGGAACAGUAAACCGUUUUUUUGUGUUGAAUGUAUUAUGUCAAUAAAAAUAUAUAAAACAACA